AGGAAAAUUAUCAGAAUAUUCUUUUUCGUCAGAAAUUUUUAAGUUUAAAAUAAAAAAUGUUUUGAAAUAAUUUAAACAAAAUAAAGAAAAAACUCUUAAAUAUUGUUAUUUAAAAAUUUAUUUUAGUAACAGAGAUUUGAUAUCAUAACCUUAUAAAGGAUGGAAGAGUUUUCUCAUAGCCUAAUUCUUAAUGAAGAGGCUCUUGCUCAGAUACCAGAACAAAAACGUCCAGUUUUUAUAUUUGAAUGGUUAAGAUUUCUGAGUAAAGUUUUAGUUGCAGCACAAAAGUCUGAUAUUAAAGGAUGCCAAAAAAAAUUAGUGCAGCAAUUAACUACACAUAUUCAAGGUUCACCGGGACCUCCGACACGAAAACUGAUAGCUGACUGUUUAGCUACUUUAUUUUCAGUUGGCGAUACAUUUUUAUUAUUCGACACAGUAAAUACCUGUAAUGACAUUUUGAAAAAUAAAGAUGAUUCACCAAGUUUUUUGCCAACAAAGUUGGCGGCUAUAUGUGUACUAGGAAGCAUGUAUGAGAAACUAGGAAGAAUGAUGGGUCGUUCAUAUGAAGAGACCGUUCAAAUUUUAUUGCGAUCUCUUCGAAGUGCAGAGUCUCAAACACGUAUAGAAAUAAUGAAAACUUUAGAAAAAGUUUGUGCAGGAAUGGGAUCUGCAAUAUCAAAUGUUCACAAAGAUAUAUAUAAAGCUACAAAACAUUGCUUAACUGAUCGAGUUAUGGCUGUUCGUGUUUCAUCUGCGAAAUGUUUAUUGGAAAUGAUUAAUCAUGCGCCAUUUCUAUAUACAACUGAACUUGAAAGUCUUGCUACUUUGUGUUUUCGAGCAUUUGAUGGUAGCAAUUAUGAAGUUCGAUGUGCUGUUGCAAAACUUUUAGGAACGCUUUUAGCUUUUACACAGCAACAAGAAUCUCCAAAAAACGGAAAAAAAAUUCGAUCUGCCCAAUCGAAACAUCAACAAAUAAAAACAAUUUCACUUGAUGAAGUUUUUGGAAUUUUGAUGUCAGGUUUUCUUAGAGGUGGGGUCUCGUUUUUAAAAGGCACUGGUGAAAUUAUAAAAGGUACAUCGGGAAUUAAUCGAGAAGUUCGUGUUGGUGUUACACAUGCUUAUGUAAUAUUUGUUCAUUAUAUGGGAAGCGUUUGGUUAGAAAGAAAUUUACAAACGUUUUUAAUUCAUGUUUUGGAUUUAGUGGCAAAUCCGAAAGCUGCUUCAUCACAUGUUGAUGCUGUAUAUUCUCGGAAGUGCAUAAACUUUAUAUUAAGAUCUAUUACUGGAAAGAUGUUAGGAGAAAAAGCACAAACGUCAGCUUGUAAAGAGUUAAUUCAUAUUAUAGCCAAGCAAAUGAAUUCCAUUGAUUUUAACCCAGAAAAUGCAAAAGAAUCAAAUCAAGAAACAUUAUUUAGUCAACAUUUACUCGUUUGUGCAUUACAAGAACUUGGAAGCCUAGUGUCUGGUUUAGGAACUACAGCUCAUAUAUUAUUAAGCGACCCCUCUUUAAAUUUUAUUGAUGCUGUUUGUGCAGUUCUAUUACACCCUUGCGCAGCAGCAAGAUUAGCUAGUGCCUGGUGUCUGAGAUGUGUUUGUUUUGCUGUACCAAGUCAGAUAACUCCACUGAUUGAUCGCUUUAUUGAAGCAAUAGAACAAAUGAGAUCUUCUCCCGAAGCAAUUUCUGGUUAUAGUAGUGCUCUUGCUGCAGUUUUAGGAAGUGUAAGGUUUUCUCCAUUGGGCAUACCUCACACUAAAGGAAAAGUAGUAUUUAAUACCGGAGAAGAGCUUUUAAGAUCUGCAAGUCAAAAUAGUAGACUUUCUUUGAAUCGUACCCAAGCCGGUUGGCUAUUAAUUGGAGCAAUAAUGACACUUGGUUCUUCAGUAGUUAAAGGUUUAUUACCACGAAUGCUUUUAUUAUGGCGCAAUUCAUUUCCUAGAUCGGCUAAAGAACUUGAAUCAGAGAAAGCCAGGGGUGAUUCGUUUACAUGGCAAGUUACAUUAGAAGGUCGUGCCGGAGCUCUGUCAGUUAUGCAUAGCUUUUUAUUACAUUGCAAUGAUUUAGUUACUGAAGAUUUGACAAGAAGACUAUUAACUCCAAUUGAAAGUGCUCUUGCAAUGUUGGUUAACAUUACUUCGGUUUUAAAAAAUUACGGUCAACAUUUGAAAGCUCCUGCAGCUAUGGUUCGUCUGAGAUUAUACGAAACACUUACGUUACUACCGCCAAAUGCUUUAGAAUCUUCGUAUACACAUUUACUACGAAUGCUUGUUUCGGAGUUCACUUUAUCUGAUAAUCCUGCAAAUACGACAAAUUCUCUGUUAAGAACACUUUGUCAUGGAGAUGAUUCAGUUAUUUUAGGCACAUGGCUGCAAGAGACAGAUCAUAGAACAAUUGAAGAUCAGAUGGAACCUAACCGAAAAUCUGAUGGAGAACAUUUACAACCUAAUAGUGCAGCAGGAUCAGGAGCAUUAGAACAUGAUCCAUGUUGUUUAUAUAGAUCAUUGCCAAAGAAUGAACAAUGUCCGGGACCUCUUCCUUUAGGAGUGGCUGUAAUUGAUAUGUCUGUUAUUUUGUAUGGUUUAAUUUUUCCCAGAGUUGCUAAUAAACAUCGCCUUCAAAUGCUAGAACAUUUUGUUGAAUGUAUUAAGCAAGCCAAAAGCUCAAGACAAGAAGCCGUACAAAUGAAUAUUUUUACGGCACUUUUAAGUGGUUUAAAAGGUUUAACGGAAAGUAAAAGUGGAAUUGGACAAGAAGAAGUUAAAAAAAGCGCAACAAAUCUUAUAAUAGCAGCAUUAAUUAGUAACAAUUCAACAUUACGGUGUGCUGCUGGUGAAGCUUUAGGGCGUAUAGCACAAGUUGUGGGAGAUUCAAGAUUUACUGCUGAAUUGGCUCAAACUAGUUUUGAUAAAUUAAAAUCUGCGAGAGAUGUAGUUUCUAGAACAGGGCAUUCGUUGGCUUUAGGAUGCCUUCAUCGUUAUGUUGGUGGAAUGGGCUCCUCACAGCAUUUAAACACAAGUGUUUCCAUUCUAUUAGCUUUAGCUCAAGAUACAAGUUCGCCUGCAGUUCAAGUGUGGUCUUUAUAUGCGCUUUCUUUGAUUGCUGACUCAGGGGGCCCUAUGUUUAGAGGAUUUGUAGAAGCAACAUUGUCACUCUGUUUAAAACUAUUACUGUCAGUACCUCAUUCAAAUGUUGAUGUUCAUCAAUGUAUAGGACGCGUUUUAAAUGCAUUAAUAACUACAAUAGGUCCAGAAUUGCAAUCUAAUACACCUUCUGUAAGCGCGAUGCGUUCAUCUUUUCUAUGUUCAACUGCAAUAAUGCAAGCACAUUCAGAUCCAUUGGUAAAAGCUGAAGCUAUUAAUUGCCUUCAAAAACUUCAUCUUUUUUGCCGCCAUGUUAAUCUUUCAACAUUAGUACCAACUUUAUUAAAAACCUUGUCAAGUAAUUAUUUAAUGUUGCGCAAGUCAGCAGUUUCUUGUUUACGACAAUUAGCGCAACGAGAAGCAAAAGAAAUAUGUGAACAUGCUUUAUCAAUUCCUACGGAAGAAUGUUCUGAUCUAAGUUUAACGGACUUUGGACUGCCUGGCAUAUUGUUUAGCAUGUUAGACACUGAGACCGAUAACGAAAUGAUAAAAAAUAUUCAUGACACCUUGACAUCAAUGUUGCAAAUGUUGGCUUCCGAAAAUUUGACUCAUUGGUUGGGCAUGUGUAAGAAUGUUUUAACAAUAACGGUAGACACUGCAACUAAUGACGAUUCUUCUAAGAAGAACUUAACAGAUAAUGACGAUGAAAUAGAAAAUGAUGAUGAUAUAACAGAGUAUCAUGCUGAAGAAAAUAUAUCUACACAUCCCGCAGUACAGCCCCGUUGGCCUACGAGAGUCUUUGCUGCAGAAUGUGUUCGGAAAAUAAUUUCCGCGUGUGAAACCUCUAAUUCUAUACAUUUUGAUUUGAUGCAAGCAAAAGAAAUGCAGAUGACAAGAAAUUCUGGCGAUUAUUUGAUUUUGCAUCUAUCGGAUUUAAUAAGAAUGUCUUUUAUGGCUGCAACAAGUGACUCAGAUCAAUUAAGACUUGAAGGACUGAAAACUCUACAAGAAAUAAUCGAAAAAUUCGCUGGUGUCCCGGAACCUGAAUUUCCAGGUCAUUUACUCUUGGAACAGUAUCAAGCUCAGGUCGGGGCCGCCCUUCGGCCAGCCUUUUCUCCUGAAACUCCAAGUCAUGUUACUGCAGCCGCAUGUAAAGUUUGUUCAGCAUGGAUAGGAUCUGGUGUAGCUCGCGAUUUAAAUGACCUCCGUCGGGUACAUCAAUUGCUUGUCUCAAGUUUAUCUAAAUUACAUACUAAAACAAAUAGCACUCAACUUUACAAUGAAAGCAUGGCGACAUUGGAAAAAUUAAGCAUACUGAAAGCUUGGGCUGAAGUUUAUAUUGUUGCUAUGAUAGACAAUGGGUCUGCUCCUGCAAGUUUAUUACAAAAAAAGCUUUCAUCAAAUCAAAUUUCUUUAUCAGCUGCAAGUGCCAACAAUAACGGUAACAGCGAUAAAAUUAACAAUAACAAUGAGUAUAGCAACCAAACAGGAGAUUCCGUUGACGAUAAUGAGUUUGGACAAUUCGAAUCGCGUGGUGAAAGUUUAUUAUCAUUAGUUAAGCCUGAAUUAGAUAAUUUAUCGGAACACUGGCUAGCUGCUUUAAAAGAUCAUGCAUUGUUGCUGUUACCUCAAGAGUUUCAAAGUCAAUUACCUCACGAUGGUGGAGCAUUUUACACUACAGAUACAAUAAACUCAUCAAAACCACAUUACUUGGCUUCGUGGCCGCCAAUAUUAUAUGCAGCAUCACUUUGGUUAAAUAAUGGUGGUUUCGACAUUACAGAAGACCUAAAUGAUAAUGACAAUUCAAACUUACAUCAUGAAAAUAAUAAUACUGUAACUCAUGGCAGUAUAAGUGCUGAUCGUUUUCACAUGAUUUUCGGAAUAUGCAUGGAAGCUUUGUGUAAUAUAAGAACUAAUGAUGAUACAAAAAGUUCAAUAAGUUGUUUACAAUCUUUAUAUACUAUAUUCGAUUCAGAAUGGUCAAGGAAAAUGCUUAUAAAAGACAAAUCUUUAACCAUAGAACUCUGUAACGUGCUCCAUCGACAAAUUUUAACAAAAGAUAAUUUGUUUAUUCAGUUACUAUGCAUGGAAAUUUUAAAACAAACAAUAAGUGCUGCCAAACUAUGUUUGGAGACAGAAAGAUCAAAGAGAAUAAACGAUUUUAAUAAUCAUGAAAAUCCAGAUAACGAAAUGAAAAGUGAUUUUAUGAGGGAAUUGGAUUAUUUAGGCGAAGGAGGCGAAGAUGGUGAAAUUGUUCCUGGAAAAUCUCAUGUGUACGCUGUGCUUGAAGUAUGUUUAUGUUUAUUUGUUAGGCAACUUCCAACCAUAAACCCAAGCAGUUCAACUAAGCUAACAACAGAAUAUUUGAAGAAAGAAAUUGCAAAGAAAAAAUGUUCUUUGGGUAUAAUAAAUGUAGGAGAAGACAAGGGUACUUUAAUAGCAAGUGGACUACAGUGUGUUGAGUCAUUAACUCAACUUUGUUCUCCGAAAGGAGCAUUAGCAAUUCUACCUACUAUUCUUUUCAUGAAUACAAACAUAAUGAAAGAAGUUGCUAUUAAAACUGUAAAAGAUCAAAAUAUUUUAGCAAAUAGUGGUUCCGUUCAAGCAUCUUUACAUUGUUUAAAAACAAUUUGCAUAGAUAGAUAUGCAAGUGAUGAGAGAUCUGAGGAAGUCUGGAAAAAGUAUCUUCAAAGCACUCUUGCAAGUGUUAUAGAUUUAACAAAAACUGGCCAAGAAGAUACAAAAAUUGAUGAAGUUACUAUGAUGUUAUCCAUAGCUGUAUUUUUGUUGCAUGCAGGAUCAAAUGUAGUAUCAGUACCAUCAUUACAGUAUCCAUGCAUAAAUCUGUUUCGACAAUAUUUGCAAAUUGAAAAUCCAACAGUAAAAUUAAAAUGUAUACAAACAAUUCGUUCGAUAUUUUCAAAUUCGGACUUAAAAGUUUCAACACCUUACAUACACGCUUUAGCGCCAAGAAUUAUUGAAGGAUUGUAUAUUGAAACAGCAAGACAACCAAAAAGUGAUUUAGAUUUAUCUAUUACAUUGGAAAGAAUCAACACCGUCGAAACUCUAAUCGAAUUAGCUGAACCACAAAAUCGAAACUUAAUGCAAGGUAUACAAAUGUUGACACUUCUAGUUCCAGUCUUAAUAAAUUUUCUUUCGGAUCCAACGAAAUUGAAAACUUUAUCGAAACCAAUUCGUCAAUUACACGAUCAAUCAUUGGGUUGGCUAAUGAAAAUUGGACCAAAAUAUCCACAACAAUUUAAGAGUUUAAUUGGUCAAACACCAGAAUUAAGAAUAAAAUUGGAAACAGCUAUACGUCAUAAUCAACAAUUCACCACAAACUUAAAUAAUCGAAACAAUAAUGAUGGCCAGAACAGUGGAACAAGACAACCCUCGAAUUUGCAAUUAAAACCAACAAUCAAAUUAAAAACAGAUUUUAGUAAUUUUUCUUAAAGAGAGAAUUUUGAUCGAAAAUUAUACUAAUUGAUGAUUAAUAUUAUUUAAUAUUUUUAUUUUAUUGUUACGAGUAUUUAAAGAUUUUUUUAUAUGAUUUUAUGGACAAUAUAAAUUAAAGCAAAUGAUAUAAUUAAAUUAAUUUAUAAUAAUUACUACCAUAUAUAAUUAUGUUUUAGGAUAUAUUUUUUUGAAUAAAGCAUGAGAAAAGUAAAAUAAAUUAUUGGACUUUUAAAAAAUUCUUUAAAAUCAAGAAUUUAAAUUCUUAUAGAUACAUGCAUAUAUUUUAUAUUAGUACAUAAAUAAUUAGUAUAUAUAUACAAAAUAUUAUGUAAAAUAUGAAAUAAGGCAAUAAAAAAUAUUUAAAACAAUAUGAUAUUAAACGAAAAAAGAAAUAUGAACAGUUUUUAAACUAUUAUUACAACUUUACGAAUUGAUGAAUGAAUUCUUUACAUUUACGUUCACUUCAUCUCUGUUUUCUUCAUCCUAUUUGUCCAGAAACCAAAAAAAAAAAUUAGUAUAUUUUGUACCUAUUGGUAUUCUAGAAAUACAUUUAAUAAAAAAAUAAUGUCUUCAAGGUUUCUAUGAAAAAUUUUUACAUAUUUUUUUUUUUUUGUUUUGUUAAAAUUGAU